UCAGAGUAGGCGUGACUUCCUGUUGUCGGUCAUAUGACCAAAUUAAAACUCGCGUGAUAUCAAUGAAGAUGUAGCUUCUUUCUUACACGAUUGUAGGAAUGCCAUGGCGUGUAAUCUUGCAUGACUCGUCGACUGUUUGGUGGAUUUGAGUUUGCUAACUGGAAUGCUUCUCGAACAAAAUCAACUUUCCUCUGUGCCUGUACAACUAUUCUCACAGUCCUAGUGUUAGUGUCAGUACAUCAUGGCACUACUAAGCUGACUAACUAAUAACUAAUAUCCACGAACAUGGAUCCUGCGCAGCAUCCCAGCCACCUUCUUCCCUCCCAAGCUGCUGCACAAUACUUCCCAUGGGAUCGACACUAUCAACUUAUUGGCAUGGGUUUUGCCUUCUAUACAGCAAUCUUCCUUGUCUCCCACCUUCUUUCUGCAGCACUGUCCCGCACCUACAGCUCCCUUAAUGCUAAACAGAAGGUUUUCUGGAACCUGGCGGCUACCCGGGCAGUGUUCGGUAUCCAGAGUUCAGUUGCUGGUCUCAGAACUCUCACUCAGGACUCAGAGUUGAGCAGAGACAAAGUCAGGGGACAGGAGGACUGGUCGUGGUUCAACGUCCUCACAGCCACAGGGUUCUUUGUGUUUGAGAAUGUAGCAAUUCACAUCUCUGGAUUGGUGUUUUGGUCACUUGACCUCCCACUGGCAAUGCACCAUUUCUUUGCCUUGGCAGGAUACGUAGGGGCAGUAGUGUGUGAUGACAUGGGGCACUUCCUGCCAAUGGUGACACUGCUGCUGGAGAUGAGCACGCCAUUCACCUGCAUUUCCUGGAUGCUUCUGAAGGCCGGCUAUGCCCGCAGUCUGUUUUGGAAAGCCAACCAGUGGGUGAUGAUCCACAUGUUCCACUGUCGUAUGGUUAUCACAUACUACCUUUGGUGGGUAAGCCUGACCCACUGGGAAGGAAUCAAAAACCACAUGGCCCUGUCCGUACGCCUCCUCUUCUUCAUCGGACUGGCUCUGCUCACCGUUUUCCUUAAUCCGCUUUGGACGCACAAGAAAACCAUGCAGCUACUCAAUCCUGUUGACUGGAACUUUACCAAUAAACCGGUACCUGGUAACAACUCUACAGUUAACCAGGUUGAUGUUCUUGUCAAACCCCAUGCUAGCUAAGGAGUAUUAGGAAAGUCUGCCUAAUUUAAAAAAUAUAUAAUUUUCAUCUUAAUUUCUUUUACAAAGGUUGGCUUUUUUGGUGAAACUACCUGAAUCUAUCUGCUUACUGUUUAUUUUACUAUACAGUACAUUCAUUUACAUGAAUUAUCUUUUAAAGUUGCAUAAAUUGACAGUGUUUUGUUUUCACACAAAAAACGAAUAUCCCUUAUUUUUGGGUGAAAUGUCAAAAUGGAGCUGAAAUGCACCUUUCACGGGUAAACUUAAAAAUGCACUUAAACUUGUGCAGGCUACAGUGCAUUUUGUUCGUCCUGGAAUGUUUCUCCCGGAAGCGGAAUAUCCCUAACUUUCUGUGAGGAGUGUAGACAUUUUAAACCCCUAAAUGACUAUCAUAUUUUUACAGUAUUAGUAUAAACUAUAAAACAUGCUGCCCCGGUCUGGUUAAUAGCCCAUGUGGCCCAUUGCUAGAACCGCCUCUGCUUCCAACUGAAUGAUGGUGUUACAUACAGAUUGGGGAGCUAAUUGAUUGAUGAUUAUGAUUCAGUUAUUUAGUUCUGUUUUGGACUUAUAUGAGGUAUUUUAAGUAGGGAUAUUCCGAUCAAAGUUUUAUACUGGCGAUUACGAUACUGAUCAUCCGUGAGUGAGAUCAGCAGCCUGUUACCAAUGCCGAUCACAUGUAUUAACUAUACAUUUUGAUUAUAUUGAUUGUGAGUGCUAUUGACAGUUUAACGAUAUCAUACAUAUAUUUUAACUAGUUCCAUAUUCUCUUUUACAACAUACCUUUGUUUCAGCAAAACAAAGUCAAUAGUACACAAUAACUCAACAAAAGUAUAUAAAAAAAAAAAAAAACGACCAUCUUCAACUCAUUUAAAACCUUUGUUUUAAAUGGCACAAAUACAAGGCUUUUGAAUACAGUGGAAAUGUUUUUUGUGCAAAAUAUUAUUGUAAUUUCCAAUAAGGUUAACUCCUUUUACUGGCGAGAUUGUCUAAAGUACAAUUUAAAUAUUAUGAAUGAGUUAACAGAAAAUAUAUGAAACAGUUGACCAUACCAACUGUAAGCCUCAAUUUGAAAAUAUAUUCAAUACUUUUGGACUCACUGUCUGUGAAUUGCAUUCUGUGUUUUAACUUCUUGUUUGUUUUAAAUUAUUUCCAUUAAUUUACAAAUGUUUUACCUAAAAGUACUCCGAAGUAUAGUAUUAAAAAGGUGUGUGGUUGUUCUGUUGCAUUUAUGUCAUUUGUCAAACUCACCACCUUUUAUCUUUUUGUAUUAUGAAGUGUGUUAUUUUGAGUUGGAGUUGCCAAAUAAAAUACCUGUUGCAAUAGCAAA